GCAUGCGCCGCUGAGAAUCCUCCUCUCCCAGAGUCCUGCGCAUGCCUCCUGCGCAGUCGCAUUGCGAGGUGCGUCAGCAGACGAGAGAAGCAGCAGCAGAGGCAGUGUGUGCCGGUGUUAGGUGGGAGAGAGGGAUAUGGCGGAUGGAGAGCGCUCCCCUCUCCUCUCGGAUGCCGGCGAUGGAGGAGGCAUGGGAGGCUCGGUUGGACCCGGAGCUCCAUCGCCGGUUAGUGCACUUCCCUUGGCUCCCCCGUACGGUGCACCUGGCCCCACCCCCAGCAACAAGCCGCAAGGCUUUUCCGUGUUUCCAGCAGAUCAUGGCUCCGUGUUGCCCGGCGAGGACCCUCCACCAUACUCCCCAUUGACAAGUCCAGAAAGUGGCUCUGCUCCCAUGAUAACAUGUAGGGUCUGCCAGUCACUCAUCAACGUUGAAGGAAAGAUGCACCAACAUGUGGUGAAGUGCGGUGUCUGCAACGAGGCCACGCCCAUAAAGAAUGCCCCCCAAGGAAAGAAGUACGUGCGCUGUCCCUGCAACUGCUUGCUGAUCUGUAAAGUUACCUCUCAGCGGAUAGCCUGUCCCAGACCAUACUGUAAACGAAUCAUUAACCUGGGCCCUGUACAUGCCGGGCCCCUGAGCCCAGAACCACAGCCUGUUGGAGUCAGAGUGAUCUGUGGACACUGCAAGAACAAUUUUCUGUGGACAGAUUUUUCAGACCGGACGCUGGCGCGCUGCCCACACUGCCGGAAAGUCUCCUCCAUUGGACUGAGAUACCCACGAAAGAGAUGUGCUUGCUGCUUCGCAAUGGCAUUCUGCUUUGCUUUGGCUGCAGCUGGACUUGUGGCUGGCACAUGGACAUUUGCGCAGAAAUAUGGUGGGAUCUACUCUACGUGGGCAUUGUUGCUGCUGCUGGUACUGAUUUGUGUGGGUCGUGCCAUUUACUGGGCAUGUAUGCGAGUCAGUCACCCCAUCCAGAGCUUCUCGUGAGCCUCUCUAGAUCGGCCUCUUUCAGCUCCCCCUUGGUUGCCAGAAUGGCAAGUAACUUUUUGAGGGCACAGGAUGGCGUCAUUGUAUGGCAUUUGAUCAGCAGAAGGAAUCCUUGCUGCCUUAUGAAGCAGUACUGAAUAUGACUCCACUAUUUUCAAACCACCUGAUGCUUAACCUCUUCACCUCCAGGGACUGUAAAGAAUUGCAUUCCCCUGUAGCUGCAAAGCGGUUAAUUGUUUUUGAAUCAACCUAUACACUUGUAAGAGGGCAGUAGGGAUGCCAUAGGGAUAGUUUGGUGGGGCUGCAAGUUGCGUGUCUUGCAGCAGAUGCAGGGUGAUGUUUACAUUAAAGAGGAGCAGAAGAUUUGGGUAUAUCUUUUAUUUUUUAUUGUAUCCAGGGUAAUCGUACAAAAAGUGAUUACAUAUUUAAUGGUAAGGCACAUGAAAACAACUAAUUCUGUGAAUGAUUACUAUGUAGCCAGAAUGGUGACCUGCCUUGUGAGGAUAUUUGUUCACUUUUGUGUCAUAUCCUUAUUUGUUGCACCUUAGAACCUUUUAUUUUCUGGGGGAUGGAAGGGGGAUGUCAGAGGGCUAAAGCCCCAUACAUGAGAAACAACAUUUCUCCUUCAGCCUUUCCAGAGAAGCCUUUAGAACACUAGAACAUUCAUUAUGAAAAGGCCCCACUGUAGGCCGAGCUGGCAGCGAAACAGACAACGGUGUCCUUCAAGUACCACAUCAAGGCAUAGCGGCCUCAUUCUCCUGUCAUCUUCAUCUCAACUAGUGACAUUUUGUGUUAAGUUAUUUAAGAAAUACACUUGCCAAUUAUUAUUUUAGCUAGUCUUAGUCCAUUCCAUACUUUGACGUCAUCCCUAGACACUGGCAGUAGUCCUCAGACUUAUACAUGGAAUACCAGACUAUGCUAUGCCACUCAAAUGACUUGCCACAUCAAUUAUGUCUGACCCUUUUUCCGACCAUUAGGCCAACAUUUUAGAACACUGGACUUCUAACAUUUUGCAACCUUCUAAUUUUUCUGAAGAAAGCCUCAAGGCUAGAAAUGUUGUGUUGCUACCUCUAGGACACUACACAAAGUCACACGCAGGCACCAUUAGAUUUGGUGUUUCAGAAAUAUGUUUUUAUUGUUUUGCUCUGUAAGGAGGGCAUUAUUCUUAUUGUAAAGGCUGAAGGACCCUGAAAUGGUAGCUGUACAGGUGGGAUAUAACAUUAAGUGUAACUUAGGAGGAUGAAAUCUAUUGUGAUGUCUGUAGGGUCCAAUCAGUUCUUAUGUUUGUGCAGCUGAGUUGUAAAUAGUUUUAUUUUCUCUUUCUGUUGCUGCUGUGCUUCCUGCAGAUUUUAUUUCAUUUGAAAAUAUAAAUGUUUUGUUUCCCUUUUU